GGCGCGCCCGCGGAGCUUCGGCCCCAUCGCCUGCUCGCGGAGGCCGCGCCGGGCGGCGGCGAGGCCGGAAGAUGGCCUGGGUCCUCAAGAUGGACGAGGUGAUCGAGUCCGGGCUGGUGCACGACUUCGACGCCAGCCUCUCGGGCAUCGGGCAGGAGCUGGGCGCCGGCGCCUACAGCAUGAGCGAUGUCUUGGCAUUGCCCAUUUUUAAGCAGGAAGAUUCCAGCCUUCCAUUGGAUGGUGAGACUAAACACCCACCCUUUCAGUAUGUGAUGUGUGCUGCAACCUCGCCAGCAGUAAAAUUGCAUGAUGAGACACUCACUUACUUGAACCAAGGUCAGUCUUAUGAAAUUCGGAUGCUGGAUAAUCGGAAAAUGGGAGAUAUGCCUGAGAUCACUGGAAAAUUGGUAAAGAGCAUCAUAAGAGUUGUAUUCCAUGACAGACGGCUACAAUAUACGGAGCAUCAGCAGCUUGAAGGCUGGAAGUGGAAUCGUCCAGGAGACAGACUUCUUGAUUUAGAUAUCCCAAUGUCUGUGGGAAUAAUUGACACAAGGACUAAUCCAAGCCAGUUAAAUGCGGUUGAAUUUCUGUGGGACCCUGCAAAGCGCACGUCUGCUUUCAUUCAGGUACACUGCAUCAGCACAGAGUUUACCCCAAGGAAGCAUGGUGGUGAGAAGGGAGUGCCUUUCAGGAUUCAAGUUGAUACCUUUAAGCAGAAUGAAAAUGGAGAAUACACGGAUCAUCUACACUCAGCUAGCUGCCAAAUCAAAGUGUUUAAGCCUAAAGGUGCGGAUAGGAAACAAAAAACCGACCGAGAGAAGAUGGAGAAGAGAACGGCUCACGAGAAGGAAAAGUAUCAGCCGUCCUAUGACACCACCAUCCUUACAGAGAUGAGGCUUGAGCCUAUAAUUGAAGAUGCAGUUGAACAUGAGCAGAAAAAGUCCAGCAAGCGGACUUUGCCAGCAGACUACGGUGAUUCUCUGGCAAAGCGAGGCAGUUGUUCUCCAUGGCCCGAUACCCCCACAGCCUACGUGAAUAGCAGCCCUUCCACAGCGCCCGCCUUCACGUCCCCACAGCAGGGCACUUGCAGCGUCCCCGACAGCAAUUCUUCUUCCCCAAAUCAUCAGGGAGAUGGAGUUUCACAGGCCUGCAGUGAACAACUUCAGCCUUCAGCCACGAUCCAGGAAACACAACAAUGGCUGCUCAAAAACAGAUUCUCUUCAUACACAAGACUGUUUUCCAAUUUUUCAGGUGCCGACUUAUUAAAACUGACAAAGGAAGAUUUAGUACAAAUUUGUGGUGCAGCCGAUGGGAUUCGGCUCUAUAAUUCACUGAAGUCAAGGUCGGUCAGGCCCCGCUUAACCAUCUAUGUCUGCCAGGAGCAGCCGAGCAGCUCACCACUGCAAGGGCAGCAGCCUGCAGGCAGUGGAGGUGACAGUGGCAGUGGGACACCCUACGUUUAUCAUGCAAUCUACUUGGAAGAAAUGGUUGCUUCAGAAGUUGCUCGAAAACUUGCAAUGGUGUUUAAUAUUCCUUUCCACCAGAUUAACCAGGUCUACAGACAGGGGCCCACUGGUAUUCACAUUCUCGUUAGCGAUCAGAUGGUUCAGAACUUUCAAGAUGAGAGUUGUUUUUUAUUCUUCACAGUAAAAGCUGAGAAUGGCGAUGGUAUCCACAUAGUUUUGAAGUGAUGUCUUACUUAGUCUGAACUAUAUUCAGUACCAAAUAAAGUCACGCUUAAAAGUGUGUGAAGACUGAAUCCAAGAAGUCUUGGGAUUGGAUUUUACCGUAUGAAAUGUUUCAUAUUGAAAACACAAGAUGACCUUUCUAAUGAGCUGUAUGAGAGGCGAAUCUCCUCACUGUCACUGCCACAGCCAAGCAUCCUCGUGAGAGUGAGCACGUUGGGACAACAUGCGUGCAGCUCUGGGGGCCACAUGCAGGCAGCGCUGCCUGCUUCCCUGGCAGAGGCCAGUAGAUACAGUUCCUAGAAGCAGCCUUUGCUGUCUUUUUACACUGUAUGCGGUUUGGAAAUGAAUGUAAAAACGUACUGUGGGCAUUUACCUUCUGUGCCAGUUUGGCUCUUAUUGCCUGAACCUUAUGCUGACCCAGGGUGGGGGUGGGAACAGUGGUGUCGUGGACUCAGCACAGAAUCUGUCUGCAGAUGUGAUGUGCCCAUACCAUGAUCAGUGGUCAGGUAAGAGGCCUGGCACCUUCUCGGAACAAAUCAUGUCUAAGGGUGUGUGUGACGGGCUCGUGCCAGAGCGGGGAAGAUCCAAGCCAGGAAGGCGGGCUUGAAGCAAACUGCAUUAUCAAGAGUACCUUGGUGAGAGGAUCAGUGUAAAUCCUAAUAGGUACAAAGACUUUUGUGUUUUUGCUUUGUCAAGAUUUAUUGAAAAACCUUUUGCUUCUGCUUCCAUUUUUAGCAUUUUGUUUCUGGUUUUCAUUUUUGAAGCCCCAUUGCUUUUUAAACUCAUGUGGUAUUCCUCCCUUUCUCUGUCCUCCCCACCCUGCACUGUCCUGUUCUGAAAUGUUUUUUAAAGCCCUUCCCCAGACAGUGGAAACCGGUGACCUAGGUAGGGGGGAAAGUAUGGUAGUUUCUGACUUGCUGUGAAAGGGGUCUUUGAGUUACCAACAAGUAGAAAUUAUUCAUGGCAAACGAGAUGUCAUAAAUGAAACACUAAAUUGUACCGUAAAAUUUCACCACACUUCUGAAAUACUGAGCUUUAGUACAAUCAUGGGUAAACAUUUUGGUGAUUAAGAGGCUUUUUAAUAUACAACAUAAUAGCUUCUUUUCCAUAAAAAGGUGCCUCUUCCACAAAACCAAAUGCUUGUCUGCCAGUGCACUUCUCAAAGGGAGUCCACGGCUUUUGCUGUUUUCCUCUGUCGCUUCUCCCGGCCCCAAGCCUUCCCCACACGCCCCAGCAAGCAUCUCUGAGGCCUGUGGUAUAGGAGACCGGUUUUUUAAACUUCAGUUCCACUCUGACUGUAGCAUCUCUGACCAUUGACCAGCUGUCUUGGUUCUGAAUGUGUUCCUUGAUUCUUAUCUUUGCUCAGGCAGGAAUAGGAAUGAGUAAUUUGGGCUUUGAAAUCUCUCCCAGAAGACAAACUACUUCGAUGGGAAAAAGCUUUGACAUUUUGUGUUUUAUUUGUAGAGGGGGUUAUUGGAUACAGAGGAGCCUGGUCUCAUACAUUUUCAUCUUCAGUCUGAAAAGAUCUGUAAUUCUGUAGACCCUGAAGCGGGGGAACUUUUCUUUCUGCCAUCUCCCUUUGCUUUCAUAUGAACACCUCUUCUGUACCAAUCAUUUGGAAAAGAAGUGAGCAUAUCUCUUGUUUUAGAGUUUUGCUUGUCUGUUUAGCAUUCCUUUUUGAGUCUCAACAUAUAUGGAACAAUAAAUGUCAUUUAAUGCUGUGUGCUAUUUUGAAUUCCUCAUCAGGUUUUAGAAGUGGGGUCAAGAACACUUAAAAGCUCAUUGAACUUGAAAUUAUACCAAGCAGCAUUGAACAUUAGUCUGUCCCAGCAAAGCAGGUUAAAUUAUGGCACCAGCAAAUUUGCUAUUUUUUUUAAUAGUAGGAUGUAUACAUUUCAGUAUAAUAAAUGUUUUCCGAUUGUUUUGCAAACUCGUGUCUCAUUUAAAAUCCCAGUUCCUGAUGGUGUCACCUCAAGCCCUAGAAUCGAGGGGGUUCCAUGCGUGUGUGCUGAGCACACCCAAGUCUACAUGUUUUAAGAGGUGAGGCCUAUGUGUUGCAUUCUUUUUGGUUUGUUUUCUCAAAGCUGAUGCAGCUGAGGACAGAUUAUUCCAUGAACUAUUCCAUGCCUACAGAGGAAGCCGCCUUGCUUUUCUCAUUUGAGAAACCUCAUCUGUGCUGUUCCCUUCUUCUAAUGAAGUCAAAGGUCAUUGAGGAGGGAGUCCAGUAACUCUGAUAUGGUUGUGUCCUGGCUCAAAAGAGAUGGUAUAGAAAGCCCUGGUCAUAGAAAUUUUUAAGAGAGACUAUAAUUUACUGAAGCAAGUGUGUGUUUUAUGCUUUUUAUUUAAAUAGCUUCCUACAUCAGUCACGCCCCCACGCAGAGUGGUGUCAACGUAUAUCAAAAUUGUCGCUGUGGUAUAAAAGCACACAUGCUAGACCGGGCAAUACUGGAGGACAUCGUCCGGCCCUGACUCCAUCAGGGCCUGGAUGCUCAUUCUGAUAGUCUUGUUAAAUUAACAGGGGUCGUGUGUGCACCUGCCUUCUCUUCCAUUGUAACCUGAAUGCUCCUAAACGGCCCGUGUAAAGGAAGCCCUGCAGUUGUGGGAAAAUAACCGUCUCGGCUUGUUCCACUCCAGCUCCCCGUGAGCUCUGUGCUGGUUGUUAGGAAGGGUCAGCUGCCAUGAACACUGAAGUUCACAAUGUGAGAGUGGUGAUGGGUUCCUAAUCUUAAUAAAUACUACACAUGUGAACAGCACAGAAUGGAAACCAGAGCUUAUCCUGAUUUUAGAUAAUACUAAGAAGGUCUGAAUUUGGAAAAUGGUUUUGCUCAGAUUUGUCUGCCAUUAAGAUUAUAGCAAUAAAACCCUCUGACUUAAGCAUUGCAAUGGUUUAUUCAUUUUUAUGAGUCUAAAAGGUGCCAACACUUUACUGAUCUGAGUUUUAAGUGUGUACAAUUUUUGAAUAGUUCUGGUGUAACUUGAUUUCUAAGAUUUUAAAAUAAACUUGGAAAAAAAUCACA